CAGCGCACAGAGCACCAGUGAGGAUGGUGGAGAGGCUGGAGCUGUCAGAGCAGCGGUGGAGAGAGAGUCGGCGCAGAAUAUAAAAAAGUUCGUGAAAGUCUGCAGCUGCCUCAAAAGCUCCCCAGCAGCCGCCCGAAGCGACUCCCCCACGACACAGUGACACACACACAAGACACACACUCCGGGUUCAGGAUGAUGACUCUGCUGCUGGGAGCUGCUCUUGGAUUACUGGGGCCCCCCAGGUUGGAUGCGAUGCAAGUCAUAUCUCGCACCUGCAACUACGCAGGCGUGUUUCACAUGGAGGUGGGUGGCCGCUACGCGCUGACCCUGGCGCAGGCGAGGCAGAUGUGCGAGAGCCUGGGCACCGCGCUGGCCUCCCAGGAAGACAUCACCAAGGCCUACGCCAAAGGCCUGGAGACGUGCAGGUACGGCUGGAUCAGCAACGGCAACGCCACCAUCCUCAGGCACACGCACCACCCCAACUGCAGCAACAACCUCACGGGGAUCUUUUACACCACGGAGACGGAGGACGCCACAUAUGACACCUACUGCCACAACGCGUCCGACACGUCGGAGAAGAACUGCGAGAAGAAGGUCGUCCCGGUGCCUUUGGGCUCAGAGAGUCUUCCUGCGAAUGACGAGAACAGCGACUUCGGAGCCAGAGAGCCGGAUCUGGACGAGGGGACCCUGGACGUGGGGACCCUGGACGUGGGGACCCUGGACAAGGGGACCCUGGACGACGCCCCUGUUGUGAUCAAUGCCACCGCAAGACCGGAUUCAACGAAAGACAACGUGACGACCUCUGACCCCGGGGCCCAGGGAACAGAGGACUGGAUCCCUGUCCCCACUGUUGCGGAUGACAGCGCAGAGCGGGAUGAGCGCCUCACCACCACCGUCAGUCACCAGGACGAGAAACCAGAGGUGGACGGGCCGCACCCCACCACUCCCAGCACAGAGGACGUGUUCGGGGACUCCAAUGGCUCCGGGAGCCAGUUGGACACCGUCGAGGAGGAGAGAGAGACCACCGCAGCAUCUCCUACUGACCUGGAUGAUAUAAAGUCCACUAUAGGAAAGUCUGUGAUACCGAAGGGACACGGUCCAGUGAUGGAGCCCACAUCCAAGUUCUCUGGCAAUGCAAAACGCGGGCGGAUGGAGGACGAAAGGGCACAGGUCCCGAAACCGACAUCAUCGCCUAGAUAUAGCAGCGGCGCCCCAGGCUGGCUGAUCAUCCUGACCGUGGUGGUAGCGGUGGCGGUCAUUGUCCUCGUGAUCGCCGCCUUCGUCACGAGGAACAGGUGGUGCGGCAAGCAACAGACGCUCAUGAUCUCCAAGGAGGGAGCCGAAGGCAACGGGGCGACCGGCGGCGCUCGGGCCGAGGAGAGGGAGCAGGAGAUGGUGACGCUCAUGCACAAGGAGACGAUCCAGGAGAAUGGCAACAAAGAGGAGUUCACGUGUGUCGCCUUGGAAGAGCCUCUCGAGAAAGACCAGCUGGCGUGAGCGGGUUGGGGGCGGGGCUUCAGGGGGGCGUGGCCAGCACUUUGGCCUCGAGCUAACAGUAACUUUCACCCGCCUACCCACCCGCGCGGUGACUUGUGUAACGUGUGUCUGUGCUGAUGGUUAGUGCUGGCGGUCCUGGUGUCGACUUUGGGGGGGUGGGGGUGGGCGUGGGGGGGAGGUGCAGGAGGCCCGCGGAAACAAGGAGUUGCGGAGUCCGAGAGUCAUCAGAGCCGACGGUGCCGGAUGAAGCGUCCAAGGGUCCACAUUCCCAGAGGGGCCUUGACUGGAUCCGCUCGGGCCCUUUCUCGAGGCCCUGGAACCAGUCGGGGUAGCGGGGGGGGUGGGGGGGAGGUUUGGGGGCUUUAUAUUGGGUCGACACCCUGCCCAGGGCUGAGGAAUGAAGGAGAACGUGGGCCGCUGUACAUAUAGCUUGCGAAUGCCACGCUCGGACUUAUCUAAUAUGCUGGUGCAGAGCGGAGAACGCGGACCAUCGAGGAGGAAGCGCAGGAUGGCGGCACUCGAACCCGGGAUCCCCGAAGGUCACGGCUCGGUGUUUCCAAGGACACUCCGCUGGCGCGCAUUUCCUUUCCGGCUCCCAUUCCUUCGUCUCUCUUUCGUUUCUACUUUACCUUUCAAUCGCCUCUAUAUCGGGAUAUAUUUUCAAAAUUGCUGAAAAUUAUUGAAUUGUUUUCUUUUGUACCUUCAGGUUUCUUCGUUGGUUUGUUUUUACCCAUGUAUAGUGAAUGUAUUUUCCCUGCCCUUCCUCGUUUAUGUUCAUUCAGAUCCAGUGACCAAUCUGUCGUUGUUUCUUCUUCAUGCUCAGAGCAGUAAUUUAAUUAAAAGCGGAAAAUAAACAGUUGAACCUUGUGAACUGGACCGGAACAAGGAAGCGCACAUGUGAGAGGUGCGUUCAGCCCGACAAAGCUCUGCUCCACACCGAUCGAAGGAACCGGCACGACAAGAGAAGAUGCCAGAUGAGCUGCGCAUCUUCAGACCUCGACUGCGCUCAUAGUGCACGGUCCACCCAAGGUCCGCGGUCGAGGUUCUUUGCUGACGGUUGUAGCACCGAGUCGGCAGUCACACUGGACGGACGGUCAGCAGAACUCAGUUCACUGAGAUGAGUGUUGUUUGGGGGGGGGCCAUCAUGGGGGGGGGGGGUCAAUCGGUACUACUACUUAUGGGAAAAUGACACACUGAUGGAGGCACGGAGUAGCAUCUGAAAUCACUAAAACACACAAAUACAGACAUUUCAGUCAGUCAGAUGAUCGCAUUAGAAUAUCCAAUCAUAUUUAUGACUAAUAAUCAUCAUGAGAACAGGGCUGGUGGCGCAGUGGUAACA